UUUUAAAAUUAGACCCGAAGAGCUAGAAUACGGAUCCUAUACUUUCUAAUUCUCAGUUCCUUAAACCCUGGAAAGCAGAUAAGCGCAGUGUGGACUUACUGAGUUUUCCCAGGCGAUCGUUUGGUCGAGCCGAGAAAAUGGUGGUCAGGAUCCGAUUGGCGAGAUUCGGAUGCAAAAACAGGCCGUUUUAUCGCGUCAUGGCCGCCGAUAGCCGAUCUCCGAGAGACGGCAAGCACCUCGAAGUCUUGGGCUACUACAAUCCCUUGCCAGGCCAAGAUGGUGGAAAACGAAUGGGUCUGAACUUUGAAAGAGUGAAGUAUUGGCUAUCUGUAGGAGCUCAGCCUUCAGAUCCCGUGCAGCGCAUUCUUUUCAGAGCAGGGCUGUUGCCUCCACCACCAAUGGUGGCAAUGGGACGUAAGGGAGGGCCACGUGACACACGACCUGUUGAUGCUAUGAGUGGACGGUUCGUGACUCCUGAGAAGCCAGCAGCUAGUGGUGAUCAAGGGAAAGAUGCGGAAAGCACUGAAAACGUUGGUUAAGACGGCCCAAGAUCUUCCAUUUCCCAAAAUUUAUAAGGUCGUUUCGUUGUAUCUUUUUGGAGGCAAGAGGGGUUGCAAGAAACAAUCUUUCAUAUUGGAUUGCAGGAUAAGCGGCUUGUGAAGAGAUAACCAGUACUUAACUUCAGAUGUAGGCAUAAGUGCUAUCUAAAUAGCUAAAGUGUUCCAGAAUACUGUUGUAUUGAAUGUUUGAUUUUGCUUAGUUUGUGUAAUGACCUUCAAGCUUGUUCUUGGUAUCACCUCAUGAUCGUUGUCAUUUUCUAUUUUUCUAUGUGAAAAUGCAAAGAUAAUUGAGGCGA